ACAGCCCACACAGGCCCCCUAUGGAUGAAGGUAACAACUGUUUGAACAUCAGGGCUGGGCUGAGACCAACGUCCCUGAGGCAUGGCUCCAGCACUCUGAUUCCUGGGCCCCAGCCAUGCUGAGGGUGAAUUGCCCAGCUUACCACCAUCCCCCACCCUCAGUGGCAGCACCAGAUACCACCCAACAAGCAGAAGGCUCUAGACUGCAGUAACUGGGCUGGUCAUCGGUGCUGGGAGUGAGGCCAUUACUUCUCCAGAGAAAACCAAAAACCAGGGCAAAGAGAGCAAUUCAGGAGUCUGUUCCAGAGAAGGAAGGUAGCAGAGAGCUUAAUAAGGCUGAAGUGUGCACACCUGCACAUGUGGGCCUAUGUGUAUAUGCACAGGUGAAGGCGGCCCUGUCUGUGAAUUCAGGAAAGGUUGGUGCCUCUCACAGCCCCUGUCUAGGCCUAUCAGACCAUGUAAAGUGGGGCACAUGGCACCUUAUCAAUUCACCAGAAGUCUUUUAACUGAGGCCUCCAGGAUGGCCAUCCAGUUCCGUUCACUUUUCCCCUUGGCAUUGCCUGGAAUGCUGGCAGUCCUUGGCUGGUGGUGGUUUUUUUCUCGUAAAAAGCAUGUUAGCAGUCAGGACAGACAGGUGGAGGCCAGCGCUGUGGAGCUGAGGGCUAGCCAUGCCAUCAAAGAGCCACUCUCCAUGGAGGAUCCCUGUCCUGCAGUAGUAGCAACAUCCCCCAGCAUCAUACUGUCUGCAGAAAAGGAGCCAUCUACUGUGAGCAAGCCUCCCAUGGAGCCCCCAGCCAUGCUGCGGCCACAUUUAACCUGUCGCAGGUCAGAGUCCUCAGGCAGCCUUCCUAACACCACAGACCCAAGAUUUCGACCAGGAACGCUCAGAGAUGACAGCGCAAAGGUGGAACUAGCCCUGACGGGUGAUGAAGCCAGGUCCAUCCCUCUGGAGUGUCCCCUUCCAACCCCAAAGGGUGUUCCUUUCCCCCACGAAGCGGCUGAGGUGUGCAAGCGAGAGUCCCCAUUCAAUGGGACAGGAGGACUGAGCUGGCAGGGCCAAGCUGCAGCCCUCCAAGAGAAGCCAAGAGAAACAAAUGGAGCUGAAGGCACUGGUGAUGCAGUGUUAGGAGAAAACGUGCUGGAAGAGGGUGUGUUGUUCCAGGAGCAUGACUCUGAAUCGGAGAUCAGCAAGGCGCCUAGCCCAGCUCCCUUGGGAGGAGCAGGGGAGAAGGGGAAGGGCAGCCCGCCACAGGUGGAGGAGGAUGCAGCGGGAAAGCUGCUGAGCAGCCUCAUCGAAUCGGCUCACACAGAGCUGAUGGAGGAUGAUGAGCUGCUGGCACCUCGGGUCAGCAGCAGAGCCUGCGAUGCAGACAGCAUGGGAGAGCUGGGCAAGGAGGAGGCUGUGGAGCAAGAUGAGAAGAUUGAGCAGGCUGCUUACCAAAUCAUCUCUAGAGUGAUCUUGGAGGCAACUGAAGAGGUGCUGGCCACCACCAUGGGCAGGAUUGCAGGUCGGGUGCAUCAGGCUUCAGCUGGUCAAUUGCAAGGGCAGAACGAGGAGAGCUGUGUGCCAGUCUGCCAGAAAACUGCCCUGGGGCAAGAUGCUGCUGAGCCCACUCCAGCCAUUGCGGAGGUAGUGGAGGCAGAGAAGGUGGUGGAGACAGUGACAGAGGCAAUGGCAGAGGCGGUGGUGAUCUCCGGCCAGUCAGACCCUGCCCUCCCCUUGCCAGACCUGCCCACAGAGGACUUGCCAUCACCAAAGACCUACAUGAGCUGCCUGAGCAGCCCUCUGUCCAGCCCCACUAAGGAUAGGAAGCCAAAGAACUCUGCACACCAUAUCUCCCUGGCCCCCAGCCCGUCGCCAGCUCUGCCUCAGGGAGAGUCUCCAGAUGAAGCAAGUGUCCUAGUGGGAAAUGCUGGAUGCAUCACCUGUACUUCUGACAACAGCCAGGAUGUCCCUUCAGUGGCCUCUGAGCAGUGCUCAGAUUCCGUCAGCACUUCGGGGCUUGAAGACUUGUGUACAGACACCAACUCAAGCCCCAGGGGCCAGACCAUUUCCCCACCGCUGCCAGAAAGUACUGUGCCCUUCAGCAAUGGGGUACUGAAGGGGGAGCUAUCAGACUUGGGGAAUGAGGAUGGAUGGACCGUGGAAGCAGAAGCAGAUCAUUCGGGAGGCUCGGACGGGAACAGCAUGGAUUCAGUGGAUGGCUGCUGUGGCCCCAGGAAGACUGACAGUUUCCAGAAUGCCCAAGCAGCCUCUAGUCCUAAGAAGGUCGACCUCAUCAUCUGGGAGAUUGAAGUGCCAAAGCACUUAGUUGGUCGGCUAAUUGGCAAGCAGGGGCGGUAUGUGAGCUUUCUGAAGCAAACGUCUGGUGCCAAGAUCUACAUCUCCACCCUGCCUUACACCCAGAACAUCCAGAUCUGCCACAUAGAAGGCUCUCAGCAUCAUGUAGACAAGGCGCUGAACUUGAUUGGAAAGAAGUUCAAGGAGCUGAACCUCACCAAUAUCUACGCUCCCCCACUGCCAUCACUGGCACUGCCUUCUCUUCCAAUGACUUCCUGGCUCAUGCUCCCUGAUGGCAUCACUGUGGAGGUGAUUGUGGUCAACCAGGUCAACGCUGGGCACUUGUUCGUGCAGCAGCACACGCAUCCUACUUUCCAUGCACUGCGUAGCCUGGAUCAGCAGAUGUACCUGUGCUACUCUCAGCCAGGAAUCCCCACCUUGCCCACCCCAGUGGAAAUAACGGUCAUCUGCGCUGCCCCCGGCGUGGACGGUGCCUGGUGGCGAGCCCAAGUGGUGGCCUCCUAUGAGGAGAGCAAUGAAGUGGAGAUACGCUAUGUGGACUACGGUGGAUAUAAGAGAGUGAAAGUGGACGUGCUCCGGCAGAUCCGAUCUGAUUUUGUGACUCUGCCAUUCCAGGGAGCAGAGGUCCUUCUGGACAGUGUGAUGCCCUUGUCAGAUGAUGACCACUUUUCACCUGAAGCGGAUGCAGCCAUGAGCGAGAUGACAGGAAACACAGCGCUGCUGGCUCAGGUGACAAGUUAUAGUCCUACUGGCCUUCCUCUAAUUCAGCUAUGGAGUGUGGUUGGAAAUGAAGCGGUGUUGAUAAACCGGUCGCUGGUGGAGCGAGGACUUGCUCAAUGGGUAGACAGCUACUACGCGAGCCUCUGACCCCCGUCCCCCACAGCCGCUUCUGGAGUCUUUUUGCACUGUUGAAAUUGGGCUUGGUGCUGAGGCAAAGACGUUACAUCAGAAUAACAAGCGUUAUCUUCCCCAGAAAGUCCUCUUUUUUUUCUUUUUUUUUCCUGCUGUAGUCAUGUUGAGAAGUCUCCUCUGAGACAAGGAGGGAACCAUGGGUUCUUUCAAAGCCAUAGGAUGGUGUUUAACAAGCCAGUCGAUUUAGCCUGGUUCCAAGCCUUUAAAAAAAAAAAAAAAAAGUGAAAGUAAAACUGUCUCAACCAGGUUGUCCUUUACCACCCCUUCACCCCCAUUCCCUUCUUUCUUCCCACCUCUUCCCCUCACUCAGAACCAAACCAACUGUAGCAGACGGGCCAAGAGAUGUGUUGCCUGAGAGGGUUUCUUUUACUUUAAAAUCUUUCUUCAGGGAGCAAGACAUGAAAUCACUAAUUGGUAUUGAUUACUUGUACAGCUUACGUAAAUGAAUUUAUGAUGUUUAACCAGUUUUUAUACACUUCAUCUAGGUCUCUAGAAGGCAGACUUUUUAAUGCAUCUGUAAAUAAUGAAGCAGUCAUACCUCCGGCCUUGGUCUGUGGGGGAGGGGAACUGUUAUCUUGCUAAGCCUGGUUGUAAUUUGUAACCAUUUUCUAUUUGUGCAAACUCUGUAAAUAUAUGUUUAAAAAAAUGUAAUAUUUUGUACAAGAUACACUGGAGAACAAAGGGAACUCAAGAUUUUUCCACACCCCACAUCUUCUGUAAGCAGAUGUUACUUCUGCAGAGCACAGCUGCCCCUGCCAGCUCCUCCUGUGGCUUUCUGAAUACUGGACAGGGUAUAAGGUAUAGAUUGUGAGCGGGGAUUUUUUUUUUUUCCUGUACAAAUUUGUUAAAAAAAAAAAAUCAACUCAUUUGAAUUACCUUACAGUGGUGUGUUUGAUUCUUUUUUUAGACUGGCUUCAGCAUUGUGCCACAUAAGAAAGUAACUUAAACUUCUAUAAAUCUUGAACUGUAUACACUGUAGCUUUGAGUCCAUUUCUUCCAGGGUGAGAGGGUUGGAAUGGGGAGUGAGGAGGUGGUUGAGUGUGGUGGGCUGGAGGAGCCCAUGGAAAGGAGCCCUGAGGGGGCCAGAGGGAUCCAUCUAAAGGAGUCCUGGGGCUCAUGGAAGAUCAGCCAGAAAUUUCCAUCCAGCUUUUUCUUCUCCUUGCCCCACAAGGUGGCAGCCAAGCUUCCUCUGGCUUCCCCUAGUGAGUGUCUCAGAUAGCCAGGCCUGAAUUUAAAUGAGCACUGGUUUCUACAUUUCUUUUCUACAUUCUCAAUAGAACUUUGAAUUAAUGUCAUCUGUUGCAGUAGUAGGAAGAUUAUACACCUACAUGAGGAGCAGGCUCUGGCCCUUGGGCCUCUAUGUCUCAGAGCUCUCCCACCCUCCAAGGGUUUCUGGAGAGUGGAGGCUGCCCAAGGGUCCUUCACACUGAAGGAAUCCUCCCACAGAUCUGCAGCCACUCCCCCUGGCUGUGGGUAACAAGUGGUUAAGAGCCUGGGACUAGCUCAUGGGACUAACCUCAAGGCAAUGAAGUAAAAUCACGGGAGUGUCCCCUGCUUGUAUGGAGCUUGGCCCAAGGUGAGCUCUCAUGUAUUUGUAGUUGCAGGUCAUCUUUAAUCCCAACAUUAUUUGGGUAUGAUGUGGGCCAGCUCGGGUUACAACCAGUCUCAGCUUUUUCUGUAUAAUUCUGCAUCACUGCAGCAGACUGGGUAUGUAGGAGCCUGUAAGCUAGUUUGGUGGCUGGUGGGGGACAGGGUGGUGGAUAAGCAGAGACCAAGCCAAGUUGAUCCAGACAAGACAAGGGCUUCCAAUGAGAUAGUCCCUAGGAUGACAAGUGAUGGGUCAGGAUCCUUUGGACAAGGCCCCCAGGACUGGGAGAUGGGGCAAUGGGGAUGAGGAGGUGGACUGCUCAGGGCUUAUAGUCAGCCUUCAGGGAUGGGUCCAUUUAAGGAGGUUUUGGCAUAUGGGAGGAAACGUUGAGUUUGGAGGUUCGUGAAGGGCAUGCACUCUUUGAAUUCACCCUUCUCAGAUUACAGAGUUUGGAAAAAGUUGAUUUUGACCAUUUUGCUGAUAAUCUUGUUGCUCUUACAGAGGAGUGGAUUUAUAGAGGUCCUCCCUCCCCUGUUUGGAUGCUGGCCCUUUGAGCCAGUAUAUUUUAGAUAUGUCCUCUGAGUUAACAUCCAGGGGACAACUUAAGUAUGACUUUGAAAACUCCUGGUGCUAGAGGGAGACUUGGUCACCUGCCCUGGGGUAUGGGGGAGACAGGUGGCAUGCUGGGUGCAGGAGGCUAGAGCUUCCAACUUGUUCUCCCUGUAGGUGUUUAUUUCUUUUUUUCUUUUCUCUUCUCUUCUCUUUCUUUCCUUUCCUUUCCUUUCCUUUCCUCUCCUCUCCUCUCCUCUUUUCUUUUUUCUUUCUUUUUUUUUUGUAGGUGUUUAUUUCAACUGCUUCCCCCACUCCCACCCUCCUCCUGUCCUGAGGCCCUGCAGAGGCGGUGGCUGAUCCCAGUGGGGUGUCAGCAUGGAGGCUGGAUCCUGGGUUCCUGCUACACCUUGUGCAGCCCCAAGCAUGCCGCUUAACCAUCACAGGUUUAAGAUAAAUCAAGAUGAGUGGCUGGAGUGAUGGAGAGUUUACUGUGUCAGAUAGUGUGCUGUUUUGCAGGGAAUACUUGGUCUUCAUGAUGCCCCAGUGAGGCAGAGACUGACCCUGGAAAUAGAUGGUGACUUCAUUUAUAUAUAUAUAUUUUUAAUAUUUUAUAUAUUUGACAGAGCACAGGCAGGGGGAGCGGCAGGCAAAGGGAGAGGGAGAAACAGGCUCCUUGCUGAGCAGAGAGCUCCCUGGGUUCAUAACCUGAACCCAAGGAAGACACUUAACCCACUGAGCCACUCCGGUGCCCCAGAUGGUGACUUUAGAAAGUGGUUUGCAGUUGGACACUCAAAGCCAGGCUGUUGCCCCAAGGCAGGUCCCAACCAGGGCUCCUCUGAAGCAAUGUGAGAAUUGAUUAUGCUUUAUUCCACACCCCCAGGUAAAAACUCUACAGUCAUUAAAUCAUCAGCCUGCAGAAAAGUUUUACAACUUAGAAUGGGAAAAACACCAUGGCAGGAGGUGAUCUAUCAUUGUGCUUAUAUGAGAAAUUAAAAUGUAAGAAAUAUAAAUAAAGCCAGGAAUGACAUGUAGCAUCUAGGCCAGAGUGAGCAUUUUUAAUCUUUGAUGAUCUAAAAAGGGAAAAGAAUCUCCACUGGCAAAUGUCAUCAGUGAUAUGGACAGAGAAUAGAAUAUCUGGAUUGUUUCUAGACCAACAGUGUCCAGGAGAAACAUGUGAGCCACGUGCAUAAUUUAAAAUUUUCUAGGAGCCUCAAUAGAAAAGAGAAAACCAAGUGAAAUUUUAAUAGUUUGUUGAACCCAACAUUUUAACAUGUAAUACACAUUAGACAUAUCAAUGAGAUUUUAUAGUACUUUCACACCAAGUGUUGGGAAUCCUGUGUGUAUAUUUUACCCUUCCAGCUGUCUUUUCUCAGCUAACUAUGGCUCAGGAGCUCAGUAGCCGCAGUGGCUGCCAUGUUGGGUACCGGACUGUCCCACUGAUCACCGUCACACCCAUACUGAUCGCCUUAUGUUUAUGUUUGUCCUUAUCUGAUUCGAGAAGUUCUAGGUUCUUUUGCACAUUUAUUUUUCCAGAUGACCUUUAGCAUGAUUUUUUUAUUUUGAAAGGCAAUCAUGGUGAAUGUUUUACCGACAUUUGGAAAAAGUAAUGCAUGUUGGUUUGUUAUAAAGCUUUAUGUAAUAUAUUAAAUUGAGCUUGUAAAUUA